AUAAUGGAGCACACAUUCGGAUUCGGGGUGGAGCAGCCAGAGCAGCCAAAAGGGAGGAAAAAAUGUGAAGGGUAGAAAAAAAAAAAAAAAGUUCCUCGCUGUAACUCCUCCAGCCUUCUUAGUUUCCAAAUGUUCACUGUAGCAGUGCGUGCUCUCUCCGGCUCACCGCGGCGAGCUGUGGCUUAAAAAAAGGAACUUCCAGGCGAUACAGAGAGAAGAGAGAGUUGCGAGAGAUCGGAGCGCACGCUGAAGUUGUGACAGUUUGUGGGGGGGAAGCACUUUGGGGAGGUUUUACGCAUUGCGCAGGAUGCAGGCGCGCUAUUCCGUCUCCAGUCCCAAUUCUUUGGGAGUUGUACCCUACAUCAGCAGCGAUCAGAGCUACUACCGGGCCGGCGGGGGUUACACCGGAAUGCCUGCGGCUAUGAGUAUGUACUCACAUGCGACCCACGACCAGUACCCGGCCAGCAUGGCCCGGGCAUACGGACCAUACACCCCUCAGCACCAGCCGAAGGACAUGGUAAAACCUCCUUACAGCUACAUCGCACUCAUCACCAUGGCGAUUCAGAAUUCACCAGAGAAGAAGAUCACCCUGAACGGGAUUUAUCAGUUUAUCAUGGAGAGGUUCCCCUUCUACCGGGACAACAAGCAGGGCUGGCAGAACAGCAUACGGCACAACCUGUCUCUCAACGAGUGCUUUGUUAAAGUGCCCCGGGACGACAAGAAGCCCGGUAAGGGCAGCUACUGGACUUUGGACCCGGACUCCUACAACAUGUUUGAGAACGGCAGCUUUCUACGGCGCCGGAAGAGGUUCAAAAAGAAGGACGUGCAGAGGGACAAGGACGACCGGGACAGGCAAAGCAAGGAUCCCUCUGGCCGCACCACGGGUCGAGACCCGGACCCGCCGAUGCAGGGCUCUCAACCGGUGCGGAUCCAGGAUAUAAAGACUGAGAAUGGGAACUCCACGCCGCCUCAGGCCGCAUCCCCGACCCUGGGCGCUGUGCCCAAAAUCGAGAGCCCCGAUAGCAGGAGCAGCCUGUCAACAGGCAGCCCGCACAGCGUCCCUUCUACCAGGUCUCUCAGCAUCGAAGGAACCGAACACCAUCACCACGGCCAGGCCCCGGCGCAGGGCUUCAGUGUGGAUAACAUCAUGACCUCCAUGCGGGGGUCUCCGCAGGCCGAACUCUCCCCACCUCUCAUCGCCUCCUCUCGGACAGGUAUCACCCCUUCAUUGUCGCUCAACUACUCUCCAAACCAGACGUCUGCUUACAACUCAACGACCUGCAACCAGAACGUCAUCUCCACGAGCUCCAACGCCACUUAUCACUGCAAUAUGCAAGCCAUGAGCCUGUAUGCAGGGGACAGAUCAUCCGGCGGCCACCUGGCGCCCUCCACUACGGUGGAGGAGGCUCUACCCGACUAUUGCAUUACCACGACCACCGCGCCCUCACUCGGGCACGGAAACCUGAGCCAGGCGGGCCAAGACGGUCACCACGCGCACCAGGGCCGGCUCACGUCCUGGUACGGGGACCUGAGUCACUUGAGCCCGGGUUACCCUGCGCAGCAGCAGAACUUCCACUCUGUGCGGGAGAUGUUUGAGUCCCAGCGGAUCGGGCUGAACGGUUCCCCGGUCAACGGGAAUAAUAGCUGUCAGAUGGCCUUCCCUUCCGGCCAGUCCAUCUACCGCACCUCAGGAGCUUUUGUUUAUGACUGCAGCAAGUUCUGAAACCCAAACGCGUCUCUUAAAUUAAUAACUUUAAUAUAUAAUUUCUAUAUUUUUUGUACUUUUGGUCUUUGAUUCACACUCCGAAUGGACAAGCGAUUCAGAGAUAUUUUUUUUUUUUGUUUUUUGUGCAGAGCUGUGUAACACCAAAAACACGUAAGUUUCCUUCCCUCUCACUUCGAGAACAGUUUCUAAAGAUGGCUCAAAUCCCAACUUUUAUGACUAGACUGUAAAUUAUAGCCUAAUAUAGUAAUUUAUUUUUUAGGAAAAGGGAGUGGUUGGAUAUUGAGGACCAAACACGUUUUUUCCAGUUUUCUUAUUGCUGCAUUUUAAUUGUCCCAGUUCUUGUAUAGAAAUAGAGGAGGGACUGUGUAGCCUAUACUGACUUAUUUUAUUCAUUUUGUGUUAUUUGUUUUAAAAAAAUAUUUUGAA